UUGGCACGUGCCUUGCACGUGAAACAUCUACUAGUAGAACGAGACGAAGAAACCCUAACUAUUUCCUUUCAUUCAAGCUUCAACGUUCCCGGUUCUCUCAGCCGCCGCCCUUUCUCAAAGCCGAGCUGCAGGUCUCAGCCAUGGCGUCAAACAAAGAUCCGGACCCUUCGUUGGGAUACCUUACCAGGAAAGACACGGAGGUCAAGCUUCCGCGUCCCACCAGAGUCAAGAACAAAACCCCAGCUCCGGUACAAAUCACCGCCGAGCAAAUUCUCCGCGAAGCUAGGGAGCGUCAAGAAGCUGAGAUUCGCCCCCCCAAGCAGAAAAUCACCGAUUCAACCGAACUCGCCGAUUACCGUCUUCGCAAGAGGAAGGAGUUCGAGGAUUUGAUCCGACGAGUCCGAUGGAACACUAGCGUUUGGAUUAAAUAUGCUCAGUGGGAAGAGUCUCAGAAGGACUUCAAUCGUGCUCGUUCGGUAUGGGAGCGUGCUCUCGAGGUCGAUUACCGAAACCACACGCUUUGGCUAAAGUACGCCGAAGUGGAGAUGAAGAACAAGUUCAUCAAUCAUGCCAGGAACGUUUGGGAUCGAGCCGUUAUGCUUUUACCGAGGGUGGAUCAGUUGUGGUACAAGUACAUUCACAUGGAGGAGAUAUUGGGUAAUGUGGCUGGAGCUAGGCAGAUUUUUGAGAGGUGGAUGGAAUGGAUGCCAGACCAGCAAGGUUGGCUUUCGUACAUCAAAUUUGAGCUUCGUUACAAUGAAGUCGAAAGGGCCAGAGCCAUAUUCGAGAGGUUUGUACGGUGUCAUCCAAAAGUCAGUUCUUGGAUUCGUUUUGCCAAAUUUGAAAUGAAGAAUGGUGAAGUUGGUAGGGCUAGACAGGUGUAUGAGAAGGCAGUUGAGAUAUUGGCUGACGAUGAGGAAGCAGAACAGUUGUUUGUGGCAUUUGCUGAGUUCGAAGAAAAAUGUAAAGAGGCUGAACGAGCUAGGUGUAUAUACAAGUUUGCUCUUGAUCAUAUACCCAAAGGGAGGGCAGAGGAUUUGUAUAGAAAGUUUGUGGCUUUUGAGAAGCAGCAUGGAGAUAGAGAGGGGAUUGAAGAUGCUAUUGUGGGUAAGAGAAGAUUUCAGUAUGAGGAUGAGGUGAGAAAAAGCCCUCUUAAUUAUGAUACUUGGUUUGAUUAUAUUCGACUUGAAGAGAGUGUGGGGAGUAAGGAAAGGAUUAGAGAGGUUUAUGAACGAGCCAUCGCUAAUGUUCCUCCGGCUGAGGAGAAGCGGUAUUGGCAGAGAUAUAUCUAUUUAUGGAUUAAUUAUGCUUUGUAUGAGGAGCUUGAUGCUGGAGAUGUAGAACGAACACGAGAUGUGUACAGGGAGUGUCUUAAGCUCAUUCCUCAUGAGAAGUUUUCAUUUGCAAAGAUAUGGCUUCUUGCUGCCCAAUUCGAGAUUCGACAGCUUAAUCUCAAAGGUGCAAGACUGAUCCUAGGUAAUGCAAUUGGAAAGGCACCUAAAGAUAAGAUAUUUAAGAAGUAUAUUGAGAUCGAACUCCAGCUUGGAAAUAUAGAUCGUGGCAGGAAAUUGUAUGAGAAAUAUUUAGAGUGGGCGCCUGAGAAUUGUUAUGCAUGGAGCAAGUAUGCUGAACUUGAAAAGUCUCUGUGUGAGACAGAACGAGCAAGAGGCAUAUUUGAACUUGCUAUUGCUCAACCAGCACUAGACAUGCCCGAAAUACUUUGGAAGGCUUACAUAGACUUCGAGAUUUCAGAGAAUGAAUUUGAUAGAACCAGAGAACUUUAUGAGAGACUAUUAGACCGGACAAAGCACCUAAAGGUAUGGAUCAGUUUUGCAGAAUUUGAGGCAUCUGCGAUUGAAGAUAGCAAUACAGAUUUGGAGGAGGAGGAUAUGGAAGAUUUUCUUCGUGAACAAAAGAAACUAUGCCUUGAACGAGCAAGACGGGUUUUCGAGAAAGCUAUUAACUACUUUAGAACAACUGCACCUGAAUUGAAGGAAGAAAGGGCUAUGUUACUAGAGAAGUGGCUAAACAUGGAGGCUAGUUUCGGUGAUCUUGGUGAUGUUAGCAGUGUCCAGGCUAAGCUACCGAAGAAACUCAAAAAGAGGAAGCAAAUGAUGACCGAAGAUGGACCAGCUGGGUACGAGGAGUACAUAGAUUACAUAUUCCCAGAGGAAACUCAGACCACAAAUCUCAAGAUUUUGGAAGCUGCUUACAAAUGGAAGAAGCAAAAAGUAUCUACUGAUGAUGAUUAACAUGAAUUUUUUUUGUUCAUAUGACCAAUCUUAUUUGUUGUAGAAUAGUUUUUUGGGGGUUAAUGUUCAAUAUCCAAUAGAUGAUUUCUCUUGAAAAAACAAGCCUAGUAUCAUUGAGUUGAAAAGGGAAAUGAAUUUUGGUUUGCCAAUGACGAUAAUAUUCUGUUUGUAUAGUGUACAUUUUUACCAACAAAUUUUAUAAUAUUUUAAUUAUAUUGAUGGCC